AUGUCUACUGCAGUCGCGCCUGCCACAGCUGCCCCGUUAACAUCUUCGCACAUGAAUCGCGAUCCAAGUCCCAAAAAUUGCCCAACGUUGGCACCCACAGCUGGUAGCCAGUCUACCUCCACUCCACCCCGGCCUUCGGGGCCUUCCCGGGAUGGGUCGUCCUCAAAGAGUUCGCCUGCGGGAAGAAAACAAACGUCGCCUGCAUCGCAAAACGGAAGUGCUCCCCCUAAGGUCAUCGUCAAGAAAGAACCCCCUUCUUCGCCUGCCAUGCAGUCCCACUCUCGGCCUCGACCGCGGAAAUUAGACCUAUCAACGAGUCUUCCGACCUCCGGUGGCUUAUCAGCCCGCCCUCCUGGUGGUCCUAUGACGGCCCGGGAGGGUGUCAAUAUGCACCAGGUUGGAAUCGCUUGCCUAUCGCCGGGUUUCCAGACGCACGAUCCAAUCAUGAGAGAACAGUUGCAGAGAAGUCUUUCAGUGAGAGACCAGCAGAGGUCUAUAAUCGAAUCACGGUUGCAAAGGUCCGCCAAGGAUGAUGGCCCAGACGGAAUAAAGCCAUCCGAAUCCUCGUUCGGUCUCCCCAAGGCUAGUGCUUCGAAGCGGAGGCCUCCCCCAGGCCUCUCCAUUGUUCCGCCAUCUGCAGCGCAAUUUGCCAAUGAACGUGUCAUCCAAUCCGCGCCAUUGAACCAGACCUUUACCAGCAGACACCAACCGCAGCCGUUGACACGCCAAGUUGCCAACCAGAGUCCUACAUUAGGGUCGACGUCUCAUCUUCACCACAUCCCUGUUACUCAAACGAACAAUCGGCUUCCUCCGCUUUCCGAUGUUUUUGGUUCUGAUGCUCUGGGCUCUCGUGAACAGAACGCAAACCGUGCGCCGUUUUACCAGAAUGCAUCCAACUCCAACUCUUCCCAGUCAAACAACCUGCCACCGUUACCAUCUCCUAGAAUUCCGGGAACCGCCACCCAGGUUCCCAAGCGGCCACGGGAAUAUCGUUCGGCAGAGGAGGCUGUUCAAGAGCUGUCCGGUGGACGGGAGGACCUGCUGCCACGUAUCGUGCACUAUGGAGGCCAUCAGCCCCCGACUCCGCCAUCCCCACGUGCCGUCAAUGGCCAACCUAAGUCCACAGCAGUUCAUCCAGAAGCGGCACCGGUGCCCAAUACUCAGGUUCCUCCCUCCCAACCCAUGUACCCUUCCGAGAGGACCGCUCGUCGCCGCACUAGAAGUGAGUAUGAGCAAGACAACGGAAGUCCCCCCCUGGGCCACGGUCCUGAACCACAUUACCGGCAAAACCCAGCGUUGGCACCCGGAGCAGGAGCUAGCUAUGGCCCAUUCGGAGCCGGCAGAGACUCGCCUGAGACCCAGCGGAGAAAGAAAGAAGAGUUUUUGGCACUAUGUGCAAGAGCAUGGGAUCUGUUUCAUUCAUAA